AUAUAUAUAUAUGGUAUCACUACCAUAUCCUUAUUUCAGGCCUCUUUGGAGCGUAUAUCAUAAGGUCUCCAUAAUUGUCAGUAAAAACCUUAUCAUUCUACAGCCACCUACAGGAAGAUGAAGCUCACACUGGUUUUCCUCCUCUUCAUUCUCCUAUCUCAGGUUCUUGCAGAUGCAUCAUUCUUUGACAUUAAUAGUAUAGAUGAACACCGUGUGAUAGUUCAUCACAAAGGAAAAUAUCAUUUUGGAAAAAUCAAUUGCAGUCAUGAAUGCGUGAGGAGAUGCAAGGAGGCAUCGAGAAAGAAGGUGUGCCACAGAGCAUGCAAGAGUUGCUGCAGCAGAUGCCAUUGCGUCCCACCAGGCACCUACGGCAACAAGAAGGCCUGCCCUUGCUAUGCCUCCCUCCGAACCCACGGACACAAGCCCAAGUGUCCUUAAGUUUUAAUUAAUUCAAAUUAAUUAACCUCAUAUUCUAUGAUUGUAUUUCUAAUAAAGUUCUACCACAUAUCGUUAAAUAAUUCUGAGACCAAUAUUCCUUAUAUCUCAAAUUACCACAUAUUGUUAAA